AUGAUCCUCAGCUCCUCUGAAAAGGCGAUUGUUGGCGGGAGGCAGCCUCCAGCUGCAGCAUACGCUGGCUGGGCCGGCCCUGCCGUGUUUGCGCCUCGGCUGUGCGGGCGUCGCGGCGCUGCGCGGUACCUGUUGCUCGCGCUAGGUGGAGGCGGCGGCGGCGGCGGCGGCGGCGGCGGCGGCGGCGGCCGGCCGGGCCAGCCACGGGCGCCUCAGUCGCGCUCCGACCGCGCUGCCGCCGCCACGUGUAGCGAGCGCUGCGUGCCGCGUCUUCCCGCGAGUGUCGCGUCUGCGUCUGCGUCUACCUGCCGCUGCUCAGCAGCCGACCCGGGGCCCGGGCGCCACCCGCUGCUGACGUCAGCUCGAGGCGGCCGUCUCAUGGCGGCAGCUGAUAUGCAGCGUGACACCAAUUUAGCUACUGACCCAGCCCAAGCUGGUCGAAUCAACCAGAACGUACUCAUCCCUCCAUCUCCAGUCAACCAGCGGCUGGUGGCGUGUGUGGUAUACUGGGCAAAAUGA